AAGAGGCGCCGUUGCAAAUAGCAGGAUGCCUUUCUAAUAAGACUAGUGCUGACUGCCAAAACUGUACACAAGGUCUUCAAUGUUAUUGUAACAAAUACAACAUGUUUGCUUCCAGAGGAUUGCGAAAGAUCGCGUCUUUAAUACCUCCAACUGUAGCAAGACGAACAAUAUCACUUUCUGCAUGUUCAUAUGGAAUAAGGUCUAAAUGGAGAGCGCCGCUUUUUAGGGAGUUGUAUCACAGACACAAGCAAUUAGAAGCCAAAGGCAAAGUACCACCAAACAUCCGAUCAGAAUAUAUAGAGUGGAAUUAUGACUCAGAGUUAUUUGCCUUUGGGAAGAGACUCAAAGAAGAUUUUGAUGAGAGUACACUACGUCAGGCACUGACAGAUAUCUCGUAUAUUGAAAGUGAGACAAGGAGGCAAGUUGCCCUUGGUGUUGAAACUCCUGCUCUUCAAGUCAGUAGUAACUGUGACUUAGCUAAUGCAGGAAAAGCUCUCAUUGAAGACUAUUCUCUGAAAUAUGUACGUGCUACUCAUCCUUUACUACCUGAGGAAGGAGUAAGGACAAUUGUCGACUACUUAACAUCUGAGAAGGUUAUGUCUGAGAUAGGACUUGGUAUUGGACUCAAAGACAUCAUUUUGACUGAGGAGCAACCACCAUCUGUGGCUACUUUAGCAAAGGGCUUCCAAGCUGUCAUUUCAGCUGUGAAUAUUUCAUCUGGGAUUAAUUCUUGUCAGAAAUUUAUUCAAGAUUUUGUACUUACUCAACUUGUUGGCAAGGACAUUUAUGAUAUAUGGCAGGUACAUGAACCGUUCAAGACCCUCUCUGAGAUAAUGGCAAGAAGUGGUGUUGGAUUGCCAGAACCAAGGCUUGUGUUUCAAUCUGGUCAAAAGACAAUUGAAGCUGUAUAUCAAGUUGCCUUAUAUUCAGACAAGCAAUUUAUUGGGACAGGUUAUGGGGAAAGUACAGAUGUGGCUGUUGACCAGGCAGCUUCUGAUGCUCUGAGAAGACUGUUUCAUAUUACUGCAUCGUCAGACCCUCUACCUUUUGGUGAAACAAGUGAAAAUAUCACGAUAAGUGACAAAGAAAAUCUAUCUAUUCUUGAAUGGUCCACCAUUAAAGCUAAAAAUUGUUGUUGUGUUAAUGUACUGGAUUUUCUUGGCAAACCUAUUAAUAAUUUGGAUGUGUACAUUGUAUUAUAA